CCUUUUUCAUAUGUACCCAGUACUGUGAUGAGAGUUAAGAUUUUAGCACAGACCACUCUUAUGCAAGGUGUCUUCGCUCCCAGCCUCAUUUAGAUUGUUGCAUGUGCUUUUCCUUUUUACCUAUCCGUGGACCUAGGUAUUUGAGCCAACCAAUUUUCUCUCGCGAUCAUCAUUGUUCGCCGUCGAUCGAGACAGCUUACCUAUUGUCAUCCACCAUACCCAUCCACUCAUUGAUUAUCGCGUAUUCCGUAUUCCGUCUAUAGGAAUAAUGAGCAGCCGUAAUCGCAAUCAUCUAUAAGAAUUACCCAUUACUUGUAAAAUUUCUGCGAGUCCUGCGCAUCAUUUUCAAGCUUCUCUUUGUCGCAGCCUCGCCAACUCGAUAACUCGACAACUUACGUAACCUUCCUCCCUCACCUUCACCCCAUCAAUAGACGACUCGCGCAAGCUUGCCAAAGCCUUCAUUAUGGCUGAUUUCAACAAUUUCGGCGCCUCCGAUGAGGAAAAUGCUGAAAUUAAGAAGUUGACUCUCGAAGUAGAGGCUGAUACCGACAACUUUGAGUCGUGGGAGAAGCUCAUCCGCGCUUGCGAAGGUCAAGAAGGUGGUCUCAAUCGGAACUCCAGCCCUCAAGCUCUUGCCACGCUUCGCGAUGUGUACGAUCGAUUUCUCCUCAAGUUUCCCCUUCUUUUCGGCUAUUGGAAGAAGUAUGCCGACCUCGAAUUCAACAUCUCCGGUCCGGAAUCCGCUGAAAUGAUCUAUGAGCGUGGAUGCGCCAGUAUAACAAACUGCGUCGAUCUAUGGGCUUCUUACUGUUCAUUCAAGAUGGAGACCACCCACACCCCCCAUUUGGUCAGAGAACUCUUCGAGAGAGCCGCAAAUUGUGUCGGCCUCGAUUUUCUAGCCCACCCUUUCUGGGAUAAGUACAUCGAGUAUGAGGAAAGACAGGAGGCACAAGAUAAAAUCUUUGCCAUUCUGCAGCGAGUUAUCCACAUUCCGAUGCAUCAGUAUGCUCGUUAUUUCGAGCGGUUCCGCCAACUUGCGCAUAGCCGCCCUCUCAAGGAAUUAGUACCUGCCGAGACUCUUACGCGUUUCAAAGCGGAGGUGGAAACCGAGAGCGCUGCUUAUGGUGGAAUGGCGCGAACGGAGCUUGAGGUUGAAAGAGAUGUUCGCGCAAAAAUUGAUACCUUAUUCUAUGAGAUCUUUCAGAAAACUCAGGACGAGACAAAUAAGCGAUGGACAUACGAGUCGGAAAUUAAACGACCGUACUUCCACGUCACGGAGUUGGAGAACUCGCAACUCACGAAUUGGCGCAAGUAUCUCGAUUUUGAAGAGGGCGAGGACGAUUUCGCCAGAACGAGCUUCCUCUACGAGCGUUGUAUCAUCACGUGUGCCCUGUACGACGAGUUCUGGUUGCGUUAUGCUCGGUGGAUGUCGGCGCAGCCAGGGAAAGAGGAAGAAGUGCGCCACAUUUAUAUGAGGGCGGCUACUUUGUUCGUACCUGUUAGCCGACCGGGUGUUCGCCUUCAGUUUGCCUACUUCGAGGAGUCGUGUGGCCGUAUUGGUGUCGCAACGGACAUCCACGAAGCAAUACUGAUGCAGCUACCCGAUUGUGUAGAAGCCAUCGUAUCCUGGGCAAACCUUGAGAGACGACAGAAUGGACUGGAUGCCGCGAUCCAAGUCUACAAGGCACAAAUCGACGCACCACAUGUCAACAUCUUCACGAAGGCAGUACUGGUUACUCGCUGGGCUUACUUGUUAUGGAAGAUUAAGGGAUCCGUGGACGAAGCGAGGACCGUAUUCUUGAAGAAUGUGCAGUGGUAUGCCGACAGUCGUCAUUUCUGGGAAAAGUGGCUUCAGUUCGAAUUAGAACAGCCCACGGACUCAGAAGUAGAGUCGCAGCACACCGAACGAGUGAGAGAUAUCUUCGAUGAGUUAUUGGCUAAGAGCCGGAUUUCUUCAGCAGCUAAAAGGGAGUUGUUCUUGAUAUAUCUUCUCUAUCUCCAAGAAAGAGGUGGCCCGGAAGCGAUGAAGCAGUUCCUCGCCGUCGACCGCGAAAUCUAUGGACCCCCGUCGUUGUCAGUACUCGAUAAACCCGCGUCUAAGGAAAAUGGGGUACCGAAAACUCCAUUAGACGAUGCUACAAGAGCGAAGGCUGAGGGUAGAUAUCCUGCGUAUUAUGAGUACUACAUGGAGCCCGACUCCAGCCCGCAAGGCACGGCACCUUUUCAGUAAGGCUGGCUGAUAACCCAGCCUCUCCUUAAAAUUUUAGAAGGAUCUGAUCUCAAUGGGCACACACUCAAAAGGCAGAAUAAGGCAAUGGGUCUGUAUCAUACACGCAUUUCGUUUGUCCAAGGACCCACAACUAUAAUAGGAGCACAUUAGGUCUCUGGUGAUUCGGCAUGAUGAGCGUGGGGGAGGUUUCGUGUAUAAUGAAUGAAUGGGGGUGGUUGCUAUCAGAGGGUCCGGUUGCCCUCGAAAAUUACAAGGCAAUUCUUCGCAUAUUUGUGGUCUUCAUUAAGUUGAUCGAGAAUUAAAAGAAAUAUAAAAAAAAUAAUCAAUCAAUCAAUGUGCCAAUGCCCAGUUUUUGCUAAGUAUAGCAAAAGUGGCUAAACCAAUUGGCAAUUUUUAUUAGUCUUGUGACUCAAGAUUCAAAUCGAUCUGC